GUCGCGUCGCCGAAGGGGGCGGGGCCAAGGUUCUGCUGCAGCUGUCCAUGGUUGGUGGGCGCUACAGAGGGUCCGCGGAGUGAUGCAGCCAUAGUCACGCUACACUGUCCUUUCUAGCUACCUGUUCGUCGUUUCUGUCUCCUCGUAUCCGAGCUGCGUCAAAGUUUGUUGUUUGUGCAGCCUGUGGACGUGAAGCAUCAUGGCUGAGCAGCAGAGGCAGCGCUCUCUGUCCACCGCGGGUGAGUCCCUCUACCAUGUCCUGGGAGUGGAAAAGAUGGCCACAAAUGAUGACAUCAAGCGGUCCUACAGGAAACUGGCACUGAAGUUUCACCCCGACAAGAAUCCUGACAAUCCAGAGGCGGCUGAUAAAUUCAAGGAGAUAAACAAUGCCCACGCCAUCCUCAAUGAUGCCACAAAGCGCAAUAUUUACGACAAAUAUGGCUCGCUGGGACUGUAUGUGGCCGAGCAAUUUGGAGAGGAGAAUGUCAACACUUACUUUGUACUCUCAAGCUGGUGGGCAAAGGCGCUGUUCGUAUUCUGCGGCCUAGCCACGGGCUGCUACUUUUGCUGCUGCCUGUGCUGCUGCUGCAACUGCUGCUGCGGAAAAUGUAAACCUCGGCCUCGUGAGGGUCAAGAACAGGACUUCUACGUGUCCCCUGAAGACCUGGAGGCUCAGCUGCAGUCUGAUGAGAGAGUAGAGGCCGGAGGUGACCCCAUAAUGAUGCAGCCAACAGCGACAGAAACCACCCAGCUGACAUCGGACGGCCACUACUCCUAUCACACCGACACCGGCUUCAACUAACCGGUCGCACCCGUCCAUCUUUGCCUCGGUCCUGCCUGCUCCCCUGCGCCACCUCAGUGACAUGAAGGAAUCCAUCUUUCACAAGGCAGGCUAUGCAGAGGAGCGGGACUAUAGUCCGCAUGGCCCAUGAAAAGACCGACCUUACAUCUCUUUCCCUAUUUAUUUCCCCACAGUAUGACAAGAAAUGAGCAAUUAUUCUUUAAAAAAAAAUUCUGUUUCUCCUACUUUAUCCUCUUAACGGCCCCAAUUCGCCCUCACUCACAUCUUUGUGUAGCAUGCACCAUUCAUUUAUAACACACAUCGCAGUGUUCUCCUUCCUCUUUUGCAGCGUUUAAGGCUCAUCACGUUGCUGCAAAAGUAUGUGCAAUAUGUCCACUUUAAUGCAGUUCUCACAAGUUAUGCUAAGAGAGCGGCGUGUUGCGGCUCGGUGCAGCGCUCAGUGCCAUCCAACGCAGGAGAACAACAAUUAUUAAGCAGUGAUGUUUAAGUCUAAGAAGUUGUGCUUGUCUUUUGUGUGUUUUUCACACCAGUCACAAGGUUGUUGCGGCACGGCAGACCAUCACCUGCUGUGUUAAUUACUUCUGGGUGUUGGCGCAUCUGCUUCAGCUUUGUUUCACUCCAUCCUUGCAGCCUCUGUUAUUAUAACAUGGGUUUGUUUGAUCUAAUGUGUGGCUGUUUCAUGAGUGGUUGUUAUAUUCCCCUUAGAGGAAUGUUGUCAUAUCAACAUACAUCUCAUUAUGACCCAAAACAGUUAGCGUGUUUUGUCCAGUAUACACUGCAAAAGUUGUUGGAAUGCAGAACAUAACACUGGGAAAUAAUGCUGACUACAAAAUCUGUUUAAUCCUGAGAUGAGAGGAAUUCUCAUUUUCAUCUUGUUUUGAGGUGUGCUGAGAGUAAUCAUUGUUGACUCGUUUGACUCCGCUUAUAUCUCCUACGGCACAUCGUGAGUGAUCCAAAAUCCCAGAGAGAAUAUAAUUUGUCAUAUAUGGAUUUGCAUCUAUUGCCAGGCGUUUUGCAAAUUCCCACAGUUUGCUAGAUUUGCCACUUUGUCAGUGUGUUCACUGCUAAUCAUGUGUUGCAACGGUUUACAAGCGGUGAGCUGCGACGAGCCACCGUCUAUUAACGGUAUGGAUGUUGACUUCUGUGGCCCUCGUAUGAUGUUUCCUGUAACCCUCGAUGAAACAUAGAUGUACCUGUCAUAGCUUUUUCAUUAAGAUACUGAAAACGCUACUGUACAUGUUCUAAGUUGAAUGCACUGUGUGUUUAAAACAGAAAAGAAAAAAAAUACCGGUACAAUGGAUCAGGAAAUGACGAAACAAAAAGAACGUAGUACAGAGUACAACUAUAGUGAAUUGGAGUUUAAUUUAUGUCAUACUUUGUCAUGGUUUCAAAUGAUGAUAGGGAACCAUUUUAACGGGUGCAGUGUUGUAUUGUAACCAUUAAAUUGUGCAAGCAAAGGUUUAAUGGUGCAGGUUGGUUGUACAUACACUUGGCCUAUAUAAAGUACAGAAACCUUUAUGUUGUAGCAUGGUAAUUGUGUGUCUGGAAGAAAACAUGAUCUAAUUUGCUGUUGGUGAAUAAAUGUUCCUAAACAUUU